UGUUUAGUUGGGAAUUAAGUGAAGGUCGAAACGUUGAGCUUUGUUGGAAAAUGAUGAAUUUUAGUAGACUGCUCCGAGUUGGAAGGGGUUUCAGAUGUAGCGGCUUAAGUGUGUCGAAACAACAUCAUAUGAAACAAUUAGGUAAAAUCUGUGAGUCUAUACACACAGGGCCUAAAUGUUGCUCAACAUUUCGUGACGAUCUCAUGACAUAUACUGGUGGUUCAGUAGACCUCACUAUAGAUGGCAGCAGUAAAAUUGCGACAAUCAUGCUCAACUACCCAGAAAAAAUGAAUGCACUCUCAGGCAAGAUGAUGGUUGAUUUACAUGAUAUAGUAUCUGAACUUGAAGGCUGGACUGAGGGUAAAGGCGUGUUGAUGUAUGGAUCCAACGGGUCAUUUUGCUCAGGCGGGGAUCUAGAAACAGUCAGUAAAAUACAGGAUCCUGAACUAGGUGGACAGAUGUGUAAAUUUAUGCAAGAAGUAACAACUCGAUUACAUAAUCUACCUCUAGUGAGUGUAGCUCUUGUACAAGGCAAGGCAUUAGGGGGUGGAGCUGAACUGACUACUGCAUGUGAUUUUAGGCUGAUGACGGAAAGUGCAUGUAUAGGAUUUGUACAAGUCAAAAUGGGCGUGUCACCAGGAUGGGGCGGUACAUCAAGAUUGGUGAAAUUGAUUGGUCGUAAAAAUGCUUUAGAUUUACUAACAUCAGGACGUUUAGUACAUGCAGAUGAAGCUAAGGAUUUACAAUUAAGUGACGGUACUUUACCCGAAAGUGACGCCUUAUUGAAAGCCUUUGAUUGGUUAGAACAAAGAACAAUUGGAUCUGUAGCUGCCAUACAUGCAGUUAAAUCAACAGUUGUUGUUGCAGAAAACUCUGAUAUUGAGGAAUCUUUGCGUCAUGAACAGAAUGUGUUUAAGACAGUCUGGGGAACUCAACAGGAAGCUCUGAUGCAAUGACAGUUUUAAUAUCUGUAAAAAAAAAAUCUGUAAAAAAUUAAAAAAUCAACCUCAAAAAAUGCUAUGUAUUCUGAUAUGUGAGGAUACUGGGCAAAUAAAUCUGCAAAAAUGCAAAAUCUCUCUAUUACAAUGGACUGAAACAUACUC